AAAGGUCUAACUUCAACAUCCACUGCUCGCAGUAUAUUUAAAGUACCUGACCAUCUACGCUCCGUGAAUCCGAGUGCUUAUGAUCCAUUCAUAAUUGCAAUUGGCCCUUAUCACCGAAAGAAUAAAGACUUUUCGAUGAUGGAAGACCACAAAAUGCGGUUUAUGAAACACUUUCUCAAACGAAGAAGUGAACGGGAAGAAGAUGUGAAAAAGUAUGUCGAAGCCUUGAGGGCUCUGGAAAAGGAAGCUCGUGAUCAUUAUGCAGAUGGUGAUGAUGAAGGUAUAACAUCUGAUGAAUUUCUGACAAUGAUGUUGCUUGAUGGUUGCUUCAUCCUUGAGCUGCUUCACAGGUUUAUGGAAAAGCUGAGGCCACGGACAGACAGUAAUGAUAACCAAGAAAGAGGCACUUUAUUUUCGGGUUUGAUCAUCAAGAGAUUGGGCCGUGAUUUGUUAUUAGUUGAAAAUCAACUCCCCUUCUGUGUUCUUCAAAAGUUGUUUAGCAUAACUGCUAGAGAAGGGAACUAUAGUCUCGAGGAUAUGAUUUUGUGUUUCUUCUCUUAUUCUCGCAAAAGAAAUUUGGGGUCCAUAAAUUGUGGCACUUGGCGGAUCAAACCUCCACCAUCUCAAAACAAUGGGAAGUUCAACAGCAACCGCAAUACAAAAAAUAUGAAGUUCAUGCGUUGCGCCACAGAGCUUAAGGAGGCAGGAAUCAAGUUUAGAAAAGGUAAGGAAGAUAGCUUGUUUGCUAUUAAGUUUAAAAAUGGAGUAAUGGAAAUCCCACGAUUAGAAAUUAGAGGAGAAACCGAGUCUAUCUUCCGAAAUCUCAUUGUCUAUGAGAAUUACUCUACAAAUGAAAAUGAGAUUAAUACUAAUAGUAACAUGUCAUCAGUGAUUAUAUGA